GGAGGAGGGAGCAGGAGCGAGGUCCGGGCUCUGGUUGGCGGGUGAGGCUCACGAGGCCGAACCAAGGCCGCCUGGUCAGAGGAAGUCGCCAGCCAAGCGUCAGUGGCCCUGUGGCAACAGGGCUGACUUCCGCCCCCCUCACCAUAGCAACCUGGCAGCGGCGUUGUGGAAACGGGUUGCCUAACGCACAGGCGGCUGCAGAGCACACAGCUCACAUCCCGAGGGGACGCUGAGAUGUACAGCCAACGAUUUGGCACCGUCCAGCGGGAGAUCCGGGGCCCGACUCCCAAAGUGGUGGUGUUGAGAGCCAAGCCUCCCAAAGGCCAUGUGGCAGAGCAGCGUCUAGAGAGAAUCCAGCACAGCCAUCAGGAGCAGCAUGCCAUCUUGGCUGCCAUCAAGUCCCAAGAUCGCGAUCGCCUGAAAGUUGAGUGGGAGCAGCACCAUGAACGCAAGUUCUGGGACAGCCUUGCACAGGCAAGGAUCAAUGACGCCAUGCAAGGCUUCAUCAUCAACACUGAAGAGAGACGGAAUAAGCUACGUGAACUUUUAGCAGCUGAAGAAAAUGAGUAUUUUGCUGAAAUGCAAAUGAAAGAAGAAACCAUGGAGGAGAAAAAAGACAGAAUGAGAGAGAAAACCAGGUUGUUAAAGGAGAAGAAAGAAAAAGAGAGACAGGACUUUGUGGCUGAGAAGCUGGAGCAGCAAUUCAGGGAGUCCUGUGACGAACUUCGCUCGGAAUUGUUUAGCGACCACCAGAAGAAAGUGUGCGAGGAGCGGAAAGCACAGGUGGCAUUCAAUGAGGAACUCAAGAGGCAGAAGCUGGUAGAGGAGCAGAUGUUCGCCAAGCUCUGGGAGGAGGACCGAUUGGCUAAGGAGAGGCGGGAAGCCAGCGAGGCCAGACGCCAGAGGGAACUGGCCGAGAACAUGCGCCUGGCGCUGAAGGCGCAGAUUACUGGUGUCCUGGCGCAGAGGCGCGUGGCGCAGCGGCAAAAGGAAGAGGAGGCGCGCCUGGUGGAACAGGAGAGAGCACAGGUUAAACUGGAGAACGAGCAGGACAAGCUCAGGAAGCAGCAGAAAAAGCGGGAAAUGCGGGCCGUUUUGCAGAAAGCCCUGGAAGAGAGGAUAGCGUUCAUUCAGCAGGAAUACAGAGAACAACAGGACUUGGACGAAAAGCUCAUACACAGAGCCUUGCAAGACUUACAGCAAGAGGCUGAGAAGAAACAGCAAAAAAAAGCAGAAACAAUGAGAGAACAGAAGAUCUAUCUCACGUACCUGGCACAGCAACGGAAAGAAGACAAAGCCCAAGAGAAGGAGUUAGACAGGAUGUUAGAGGAGGAGGCGAAGAAGCAGCUGGCCCAGAAGGACAGGCAGCUGAGGCUUGAAAAGGAGGCGAGGAAACAACUCCUGCAGGAGGUCAUGUGUACCAGGAAACUCCAACUCCAAGAAAAGUUGCAGCGAAAAGUGAAAGAACAGGAAGAGCUUGCUGUGGAACAAGAACGAAUCAAUGAGGGUCUUAAAGAACUUUAUUGUGAUGAACAGGAGAAUUUUUCAAGACGCUAUGGGAAAGCUCAGGAGUACAGGAAGCAACUUGACAUGCAGAUGGCCUACCAGCAGCAGAUCCAAGAAGCAGAGAAGGAAGAGAGACGCCUUGAGUUUGAAGCAGGGGUGGCAGAAAACAAGAUGUGCCAGGACAAGAUCCAGGAGGUCCUGGCCACCCAUCGGGCACUGCCCCGCAAAAUCCAUCCCAUGCGAAAGGCGUGCCCCAGCAGGCUACCACCUUAGCUUCUUAACCAUCAAUGUGUAUUUUCUCAGACCCAUUAAAUAUGUCUUUCA